AUGAAUGCUAACAGUAGAAUUAGCGUUGAGAAACGAAAAGAAUCCAUAAGAAAGAAAAUAACUUCCGCGGAGAAGAAUCUGUAUAUGAAACCGUUGCUGAGGUUGAAGCAGCAAGAAGAGAUUCUUGAAAAGGGGUUGAUCGGGGCGAUGGAGAAUAUGAAAAUAGGUUCGAAUUUGUUACACGAUAUCGUGCACGAGCACAGGGAAUUAUCUUCAAAAAGGCAAAUCUUUUUGAACACUUUACACGAUAAUGUGAAAGAUAUUACAGCCGAGAUGGAGUCCGUGAAAGAGAUUGCAGAAAAUCCUGAAGCGAUACAGAAACUAGAUGUAAACACUUACAAAUUAAGAUUGAUAAAACUUUCGCAAAAAAUGCAGGAUUUCAAGAAAUCUUGCCCGAUUCAGACUUUGAUGGACGAAAGAGUCGCGUUAGACUCCGAAUUGAAUGAAUUCGAGAUUGAUCUGCAAAAGUGUGAAAAGAUCCAACAAUCUGAAACGUGUUUUCCAUUCAAAACGGAAAGUAGUAAAGGAAAAUUAGAAUUUAGAGACGUGGACGAUUUCCACUCUCUGGUCGCGAUGACAGGACACACGGAGAACUGGAGUACAGAGGAUCAUCUGUUCUUCCUCAAAAUGAGAAAGAAGUGUGAGAGUAUUCCAGCUCUCGUUGCGGCGAUACAAAAUAAAUGUCCAGACUUGUCUAUCGAAACUAUAGUGAACCACGAAGCAUGGUACAAACAUUAUGAGAGCUUACGUGAAAAACAGAAAGCGGCGGUGAAGGAAUGGCGUCGACGGAAGGAAUCGGACAGAAACAGGAAUAUCGAUAAAGCAGAAGAAGAAAUUAACGAUUGCAACGUAGAUAAUGAUUUUUCAAAUGAUACGAUCAAAGAGAAAAAAGCAAUUGACGUGAAGAAGACGAGGAGUCCGAGUAGCAGCGCUAGUUCGAGCACAAGCGAGAAGAAAGAGUUGAUUAAGAAGUGGAAAAUGGAAAGGGAGAGCAAGAGAUCGAUGGACGAAGAACAAUUAAGAACACAGAGGAGACUGAGUAAAGAGAUGGACGAGAAUCGAAGGAGGAGGCGUCGUGAAAAAAUGCAGGCUGCUUUGGACGAAUACAAGAGGAAGAAGUCAUUGGAGAACGCUAUUAAGGAAACUGAACAGCUCUCGAAAGAAAAAUGUAAAUACGACGUGACUUUAGUCAAAGCCUUCAGGAAGCAAGACAAGGAAUUUACCAAAAAAAGAAAUGAUCUGAUCUCGCGGUCGAAGAAACCGAGCAGGAGCGAAUUGGUGAACAUAAAAAGAGUCGAGCUCGUCGAAGCUCGAGAUUACUCGACUCUUUUGGACAGCACGAAGGUGUGGAGAGAAAAAUGCAAAACAGAUUUCCCUAAACGGUCGAACGAACCUCGGUUCAUCAAGGAUGUUCCAAGAAUAUGUAUCCGAUGGAGGAACGAAGAAUCGGAUGAUCUCAGAAUUUAAUUUGUCGAUUGAAAAAUACACAAGAAUAAACUAUCGUGUAAUCGUGUAUUUCAUUGUAAAAUUUUUAUUAUCGGUAUAACUGCGACAUGUUUAUAAACGUAUGUACAAUUCUCUCACUCGGAAACAUUUUAAGUAAGUUAAAUAAAACUUUUACAACGAAACGAGUAUCACGUUCACCCCUUUCUAUCAUGCUCAGAAAUCAAUCGAUCAAAUACAGUCCAGAAUGGCAACAUUUUCGACUCAAUUUCUGCAAUUAUUAUCAAGUACUCACAUGGCGUUCGAUCUUCAUGCUCCGCGUUCCGUAAGUGAAGAAUGAUUGUUUGCGCGCGUGUACCCUUGAUUUUGGCUUUCGGCCGCAUGAUACAACAUACACAUCGCU